AUGUUGCAGAAGGCCUUCGGUGAACAGGCUCUAUCAAAAACACAAACAUACGAAUGGUUUAAAAUGUUCAAAGAGGGUCGAGAAAGCGUCGAAGAUGAGGAGCGUUCCGGACGGCCAUCCACUUCAACUGAUGAGCAACACGUCAAUGCAAUCAAGGAAUUAGUGCUCAAAAACUGUCGAUUGGCUGUUAGAGACCUGGCUGGACUUGUAGGAAUAUCAGAAGGAUCAGUGAAGACCAUUUUGAGAGACCAUUUGUGUCUGAAAAAAGUCAAGUCUCGUUUGGUGCCAAAAACGCUCAAUCACGCUUCAUUUUCUUCGUAA